AUGCUGAACAAGACCAAGAUGUUUGAAGCUCAGCUGCAUCAGGAUGCUUUCUUCUGGAAGAAUAACACCUAUGUGGCCAAGAUUGCUUUUCUCCUCCAAGCUGCUCCACACAGGAGGCUCACCUUUACUCAGUUGCGGUACUUAAUAACAUCUCUCACCGGUGACAACAGAAAAACAGUUAGGGGCAACAUCAAUGUCUGCUUAAACAUUCACCCAUGUUUUGUCAAGAUUCCAGUGGACCCAAGUGUAGUGCGCAGUCUAGUACUCAAAAAAUACUUCUGGACACUGGACCCCAGUCAGGUCACAAUGAAGGUGCUGCGUCGUCACUUCAUAGGAAUCCUGCAUCUCUUUCCUGAGUUGGCCUCCAAAGUGGAAACAGAAGAAAGGAAUGGAUCUUCAGAGGCCGUCUCAGCUCCCCGCUCUCCUGAACAUGCGGCCUGCAAAGCCGUUCAGAUCAGGUGUGAGGCCAAGUUCAGCGGUCCUUUCUCCAUCGAAUCGCUCCUGAAGAGAGACAGUCCCUGUGAUCGGCCCUCCAGACCUUCUCCUCUCUCCAGUGUGCAGGUCAGAGUGGAGCUGCAGCCUCGGCUCACACACGGACAAGUUGGAACAAAGAGGCGCCUCAGCUGGGACAAAGAGGAAGAUGGAAGUUCUCCUAUCUGCUCAGCAGCUAAGACCAUGAAGAGGAUGCAUGUGUGCACAGAGCCUUCAUAUCCCAUCUUCACAAAACCUGCUCCUUACUUUACUUACCCACACGGUACCAAAUACAUCAUUUACCCUGGACCAGCAUUUACAUAAUGUCAUUUGUGGCUGUAUUGAGCUUUAGA